CAGAAGCAAUGAACGUCACUGAGCAUUGUGCAUAAACAAGCAACAGGGAUGCACUGAGUAACGAGCAAUCGUAAGCUUUCAGCCUUCACGACUACCCAACAGACGAAACAGCCAUGUCGCUCAAUCCUCCCGCGUAUAUUCAAUCGCUGCAGAACAACAUCCGAGCACGGCCGAUCAGCUGGGAGGGCGCAGUACGAGCGAAGACAAUCACCGAGUCGGACUUGAAGAAGAUCAAGGCAAUUGACAAAGUCCGGAAAGAGCAGCGACGGCAAGCGAUCGAAGGAGAUCUUGACACUUAUACGGCACUUCUGCUAGGUAAUGGAGACACGAAGAGCAUCUUCGAGAGUGCGGCGAAGCGGACGGAUAUCCUGCAGUACAUGCUUGUGUUGGCUGGGGAUUUGAUAGAAGACGUACCACAACUGGUGGAGCGACUAAUCAAUCACCCGCACCCAUACAAAUCACUACUACCGCUGCUCAAGCAAUCGAAUGCUGCCGAGGACCCCAUUCCACUGCUAACGUCGGCAGUGCUCUCGUCCUUAUUAUCGCGCGCAAUCUUUGCGCAGCCGCAGUCCAAUUCGGAGAUCGACGAGGCACUACCCAAGCUGUAUUCCUACAUCGCAGCCCUGUCCAACACCACCGACUCCAACCUACAAGACAUUGCCGUGCAAGAGUACAGCGCUCUCUUACGGACAUCCAAAUCAAGGCACCAGUUCUGGCAGCAACGGAAAGAGACGCUCGGCCCGCUGUUUGAUGUUCUUCAUAACGCAACCGGCGGCAAGGACUCGGACAGUACGCUAUACAAUGGCACAUCCGCCGCAAGCAGCAUCCGAAGCGCUGCCGAGUCGGCCAACAUCAAGCUUGGCGGCGGUGUGGGCCUUCAAUUACUCUACCAUGUCCUCAUGGUGAUAUGGCAGCUCUCGUUCGAAGGCAAAUUAGUCGGCAAAGGUUUGGAUGAAGAUCAUGAUAUCAUCCCGUUGUAUACACAACUUUUGCGAGUGUCGCCAAAGGAAAAGACGACGCGGCUGUUGCUCGGCACGCUGCAGAAUCUUCUCGCUUCCAACCAGGAUACGCUUAUGCCCGCCGCACUCCCUGCGCGCUUGCCAACAGUUUUGUCAAACCUCAAGACCCGCCAUCUCACCGACCCCGAUCUUCUCGAAGACCUUGACAACCUUACACAGUUGAUGGAUGCUUACACCUCCUCGAAGACAACGCUUGACGCUUACACCUCAGAAUUGGAAUCCGGCCAUCUUCGCUGGUCACCACCACACAAGAACCCGGACUUCUGGCGCGAGAACGCUCGUGCCAUCAUUGAGACCGAGAACGGCGAGCUGUGCAAAAAGCUGGCGGAGAUUCUCAGCAAAGACUGGAGCAGCGAUAAGCAGGUGCUUGCCAUUGGGUGCAACGAUGUGGCUUUCUUGGUCAAGGCAUGCCCAGAGAAGCGAGCGGUGCUGGAGCGGCAUGGACUGAAAGCGAGAGUCAUGUCCUUGAUGCAGGAUGAGCAGGAAUCAGUCCGAUGGGAAUCACUCAGGGCCGUAGGAGAGUGGUUGAGGUAUAGCUUCGAGGGCGGAGACGCUUAGGAUGGGUUGUUCGCAAGCGUGUCAUCAUGUGUGGCGUAUCAGCGAGUGCGACAAUGUAUAGAAUGGGCCUUCAAUUGCGCUACACCGUAACGUGGCGUCAUAUGUGGUCUGCAAAUAUUGAUCUUCUCGGCGGCUCAACCUCACCAAACAAUGCUUGGCGUGUUCGGAGGUUGACCACGAGUCUAAAGCGUCGUAAAGUAUCCGCAUUGCAUACGUAUGGUGAAAGAACCGGUC